AUGUCAUCAGAAGGUAGACAAUCAGUAGGAGACAAAAUUUCAGACGCUGUUAAACCAGAUAGUCAAAAAAGCACCCCAGAAGAAUUCGGUGACAAAAUUAAAUCAAACGCUGAUUCAGCUGCCGGUAAAUUACAACCAGAAGAAGAUAAAGGAUUUGUUCAAAAAGCUAGUGAUGCCGUCUUUGGUUAUAUAACAUAUUACACCUGGCUCGCCAGCUGUUUUAAUGAUUAA